AGAUUUUAGGACCGGGGAGGGAGGAGGAUGCAUUUUGUACAAGAAUGUCCUAAAAUGGACACCGUACUGGCAGUGUGCGUUGCUUAGUGAUAAAUUCAUAAUAUGCUGCCUAAAGCCACGUUUGCAAUGUCUAUUUUAUGGCACUCCCCCCCCAUUGGUGCGCUCAUUCCCCUUUCUCCCUUUGUUUUAUUCUUUUUAAAGUACAUUUUUAUCGAUUUUCAAAACCAAACAAAAUAUAAAAUAUUUCUUCCACUGUCACUCCCUACCCUACAUAUCAGCAUAAUACACUAGAAAGCAUUCCGGUAGCCAUAAGGGUCCCCAGUGAAAUGAAUGUAAGCUAUUUUAUUCACUUCUCUGUUGGUGACUCACACCAAGGGCCCCAUGUUUUGUCAAAUUUCCCAUGAGCACCCUGGGUUUCAAAUGUGAAGAGGGAGAGCAGUGUUUACUAGUAGCCUCACUCCACAAGUGCAGGGGCUGACUGGUUUAAUGCCACUUACCAGCUGUCCGAGCAAGGAAUGGCAAUGGCAGUCCUGUCCUGUCUGACCAUGGACUGGGGGGGUUACAUCAGGGCAGUAGCGGCUACACCCCCUAGCAUGCAGUGUGUCAUUUGGAGUAUUGCAGGGACAAAGUCCAUGCCCAUGGGACAAAAAGAAGUGCAGCCAAACCACAGUGGUAUCAUUCCAGAGUCUUCAACAAUGUGAACAAAGAGCCCACAAAAGAUAACUGCAAUGCUCCCAGGGAGCACUGGAAGGCAUAAGGUCUGUUGUGGACUAGUGUUCAUUAUCGACCAUGGCCGCUACAACAAGAGAGUGUCUGGAACUUCAACUGUUAGAGAUGGAGAUGCUUUUGUCAAUGUUUCCUAACAAAGAACUUGUUCUUGAAAAUCCAAAUUCUAUUUUACAUACACGUAGAUAUCUAGAAGGGAUUCGUGAAUCAUUACCUUCUAUUAUAGAAUUUUUAAUUUUCGUUAAUGUUCAGAAAUCAGAGGUGAAAGCAGAGAUGCACGUGUCACUUCCUCACAGUUACCCUCAAGAAGAACCCCAGGUAUUUGUCAGGUCAGUGGCACUAGACAGACAACAGCAGAACUUUCUAAACAAAGAGCUAGUGUCCUAUAUCCAUUCCUUAGAUCGAGGGGAACUAUGCAUCUCAAUUGCUGCUCAGUGGCUGCAGGACAACAUCUCCACUUACAUACAGAACUCUAAGCAGAAUGAUGAACCUGAAUGUGAAAUCAAGGAAGCCACAUACACUUUUCACCGUAUGUGGAUCUAUAGCCACCACAUAUACCGCCAGGAGUUACGGAAGAAAAUCUUAGAGUAUGCCAAGAGACUAAACUUGACAGGAUUCUGCUUGACAGGAAAGCCUGGUGUCAUUUGUAUAGAAGGUGUGAAGGAGCAAUGUGAGGAAUUCUGGCGUGAUAUCCGCUAUCCAAACUGGAAACAUAUAUCGUGCAAACACAGCGAGAGCAAGGAAGUGACUGGAAAAAUAGACGACCUGCGGCUGUUUAAUUCCUUUGAAGAGCUGGCGCUUACUGCGCAUGGAGAUUAUGGACUCAGGAAUGAUUAUCAUAUGGACCUUGGACAAUUCCUGGAGUAUCUCAAACAGCACAAGAGUGAACAUAUAUUCCACAUUCUAUUUGGCGUUGAAGGGAAGUACUGAUUUGCUCACAAAAAAACUUGUUAGAUGUCUUUUAUGCAAGCAGUGUUUCUAUUGGUCAGCUAUAUCUAUAACACUUUCUGGCACAGAAUAAAAAAAUGUGUUUACCUCUG